AACUCUUCAUCUUUUCCAAGAUAGAGCGAGCUCAAUGAACGCCGAUCCGAUCUCCCGGCGAUCCUCCGCCGGCCCCAAACGCCUCCGAUCGAAGAUUCCUCGUCGGAAACGAGUUCCUCCCCUUCCGAUCGCGGCGAGGAUCUCGAACUCCGACUUCGACGAGGUUCUAGAAGAAGAAUCGUCUUCUUCUUGCCUGCACAGCGAGGUUUCCUUCGACUCCAGCUUCGAUUUCGCUGGAUCCGACGUGAUGAAGCGGCCGAAGCUAUCUCGAGCGGCGAAGAGCAAGAAGCAGGUUUCUGAGCUCAGAUCCGGCGACGAGUUCCGCAGGAUCACCAGAUCCUACGCGAGGAAGAAGGAGAUGGAGAGAUCGGAGCAAGAGAUUAGCGAGGGGAACGCUGCUGCUUCAGAGAUCCAAACCUCUGAGGUUACUCAAAUUACUGGAGGACUUUCAGCGAGCCUCAACGAAAACGCUGUGUCUAGUGAAGCGGCUGAGAAAUUUGCGGAGAUCUCCGAGUCCUCUUGCCUCGAGUCGGUUUCUGAUGCUAAAAUCGCGAGAAUCUCUAACUCAGUGGGAGAUCAAGGCAGCAGCCUCCAGAUAGCCUUCGACCUCGAUUCUGGUCUCGCUUGCUCGGAGAAGCUCUCGGAUGAUGAGUGCUCGGAUUACUCCACUUGCAACGAGAUGACGCUAUCAGAAGUUGAAUCUGAGCUGUUCUAUCGAAAUUCGCAGAGAGACUCGUCCGAUCACUCGCUCUCCGUUCUUUUCGAGUCUCCUGAAGACUUCUCCGAGAGAUCGAAUGAGUCGACUCCAUCUAUUGCUUUCUCAAUUUUUCGUGAGUUAGCUAAGCAGUUCGCGAGAUCAAGUAGCAGCUUCGGUUCAAGAGAAAAAUCAACCGAAAUGAUUCAGGACGACGGCUCACAGGAAUUCAGAAUUAUAAAAUUCGAAGAGGAGGAGGACGAGGAAAGCUACAAGAAUAUACGAGGCAGAGAGAGGAGAGAAGUAAUUUUGAAAGAUUUCAGCGAGGAAUUCAGAUCGGCAACGGACUACGGCGAUCUGAUCCUUCAGCAGCGGUUAGUGAUGGUUAACUGGAUGGUGGAGCAUUCGCAGGAGAUGGAGCUGCAGCCUGAGACUUUGUUCUUGGGUGUGAGCUUGAUGGACAGAUUUCUCACCAGGGGAUACUUUGAGACUGAAAGGAACCUGCAACUACUCGGCAUUGCGUCUGUCACUAUCGCUACUAGGCUCGAAGAGGUCCAGCCUUGGAACAAUAUUCGGCGAAGAUCUUUCACAGUGGGAGACAAUGUCUACGCUCGAGCUGAAGUAGUUGCAAUGGAAUGGCUGGUACUAGAGGUUCUCAAUUUCCAGUGCAUGCUGCCCACAACGCACAAUUUCUUGUGGUUUUAUCUGAAAGCAGCAAAUGCGGAUGCCGAGGUGGAGUCCCUGACGAGGUACUUAGCUGUCCUCUCACUUCUUGACCACGAGAGGCUUUGCUUCUGGCCCUCUACUGUGGCUGCCGGAUUGGUUAUCCUUGCUUGCCUUGCUACAAGUCGAGAUUCCUCUUGUCUCAGGGUCAUGGAGCGGCACGUGCGCAGUAAGAGUGAUGAUCUACCUGAGUGUAUUCAGAGCCUGGAAUGGUUGGUUAAGUAUGUAUGUUAGCAUAUCGGGGGAGUACUCUCAUGUCUUCAGAGUACAGAAAUUAGACACAUGUGACAUGUAUGUUAGUUUGUCUCAGUCCAAUUUGCUUCAUUUCAUUUUGUAAAGCCUAUAUUUGGAUAAUAGUCAGGUAUAUGAUUCCGUCUUUAAUGAUGGAGAUCCCAGAUUGUUGUUUUUUGUGGGGGAAUCUGGGAAUCCCAUACGAAGAGUUGUAUGUUAUCCACUUAGCUGUAACCUUCUUUUUUUUACUUUUUUUUUUUUUACUUUUUUGAAUUGAAAUAGUGGUAAUUGUAAUUGAUUUUGAACUUCCACAGAAAUUGAGGAAUGAAUAGAACGCCCUUCCUUACUU